GUGCUAAAAAAAUAAAAUAAGACAUCGACGAGCUUGUAUUUUUGAUAAAAAAUAUUUCGAGGGCGGAGCGGAUGGCACUACUUCUCACGGUACAUCCUUUUCCGGUCCUCUUUCCAGCUUCCCGUGCAACAUGACAAAGAAAAGGAGGAAUAACGGUCGUGCCAAGAAGGGCCGUGGCCAUGUGCAGCCCAUCCGCUGUACCAACUGUGCCCGCUGUGUCCCCAAGGACAAGGCCAUCAAGAAGUUUGUCAUCAGGAACAUCGUGGAGGCGGCGGCAGUGAGAGACAUCUCAGAGGCCAGUGUCUUUGACUCUUAUGUUCUGCCCAAGCUCUAUGUGAAGCUGCACUACUGUGUCAGCUGUGCCAUCCACAGUAAAGUGGUGAGGAACCGCUCUUGUGAGGCCAGGAAAGACCGCACCCCACCACCAAGAUUCAGACCUGCUGCCGGUGCACCAAGAGCCCCUCCAAAGCCCAUGUAAAGCAUAUUGGAAAAUGCUGUACACAUGAAGAAUAAAUUCAAAAGUCUUUACAACAA